GAGGGGCCGGCGCGCGCCCGCGCGGGGGCUGCCCCAUGGUGCAGCGGGGUCCGGGAUGUCGAAGACGCUGAAGAAGAAGAAGCACUGGCUCAGCAAGGUGCAGGAGUGCGCGGUGUCCUGGGCCGGGCCCCCGGGCGACUUGGGCGCCGAGAUCCGCGGCGGCGCGGAGCGCGGCGAGUUCCCCUACCUGGGGCGGCUCCGCGAGGAGCCCGGCGGGGGCACCUGCUGCGUCGUGUCGGGCAAGGCGCCCAGCCCCGGGGAUGUGCUGCUGGAGGUGAACGGGACGCCCGUCAGCGGGCUCACCAACCGGGACACCUUGGCUGUCAUCCGCCACUUCCGCGAGCCCAUCCGUCUGAAGACCGUGAAGCCAGGCAAAGUCAUUAAUAAAGAUUUGCGGCAUUACCUGAGCCUUCAGUUUCAAAAAGGAUCAAUUGACCACAAACUGCAGCAAGUGAUCAGAGAUAAUCUCUACCUGAGAACCAUUCCAUGCACUACAAGGGCCCCCAGGGAGGGGGAAGUCCCAGGGGUGGACUAUAAUUUCAUUUCUGUGGAGCAGUUCAAAGCCCUGGAGGAGAGUGGAGCACUGUUAGAAAGUGGAACUUACGACGGAAACUUCUAUGGAACUCCUAAGCCUCCAGCAGAACCCAGCCCUUUCCAGCCAGAUCCGGUUGAUCAGGUCCUCUUUGAUAAUGAGUUUGACACAGAAUCCCAAAGAAAACGAACUACAUCUGUCAGCAAGAUGGAAAGGAUGGACAGCUCUCUGCCUGAGGAGGAAGAAGAUGAGGACAAGGAAGCCAUAAAUGGCAGUGGAAACACAGAAAACAGAGAGAGGCAUUCUGAGUCAUCUGACUGGAUGAAGACUGUUCCAAGUUAUAACCAAACAAAUAGCUCCAUGGACUUUAGAAAUUAUAUGAUGAGAGAUGAAAAUUUGGAACCACUGCCCAAAAACUGGGAAAUGGCCUACACUGACACAGGAAUGAUCUACUUCAUUGACCACAAUACCAAGACAACCACCUGGUUGGAUCCUCGUCUGUGUAAGAGAGCCAAAGCCCCCGAAGACUGUGAAGAUGGAGAGCUUCCUUAUGGCUGGGAGAAAAUAGAAGACCCACAGUAUGGCACGUACUAUGUUGAUCACCUUAACCAGAAAACUCAGUUUGAAAAUCCAGUGGAGGAAGCCAAAAGGAAAAAGCAGUUAGGACAGUCUGAAAUUGGGUCUUCAAAACCAGAUGUGGAAAAAUCACACUUUACUCGAGAUCCAUCCCAACUUAAAGGUGUCCUUGUUCGAGCCUCACUGAAAAAAAGCACAAUGGGGUUUGGUUUUACUAUUAUUGGUGGAGAUAGGCCCGACGAGUUCCUGCAGGUGAAAAACGUGCUGAAAGAUGGCCCUGCAGCUCAGGAUGGGAAAAUCGCUCCAGGUGAUGUUAUUGUAGACAUCAAUGGCAACUGUGUCCUUGGUCACACGCAUGCAGAUGUUGUUCAGAUGUUUCAGUUAGUACCUGUAAACCAGUAUGUAAACCUCACGUUAUGUCGUGGCUAUCCACUUCCUGAUGACAGUGAAGAUCCUGUUGUGGAUAUUGUUGCUGCUACCCCUGUCAUCAAUGGACAGUCCUUAACUAAGGGAGAGACUUGCAUGACCACUCAGGACUGUAAGCCAGGAGGACUGGUUCUGGAGCAGAAUGGAAAAGCAGGACACACCUCUAUGAGUGAUCACCUCAAUGGUCCAUCUGAUCCAAGCGAGCAUAGAGCAUCCCUGGCAUCGUCAGGCAGCUCCCAGCCCGAACUCGUGACUAUCCCUUUGGUUAAGGGCCCUAAAGGCUUUGGCUUUGCAAUUGCUGACAGCCCUACUGGACAAAAGGUGAAAAUGAUAUUGGAUAGCCAGUGGUGCCAAGGCCUUCAGAAAGGGGAUAUAAUUAAGGAAGUUUACCAUCAAAACGUGCAGAAUUUAACACAUCUCCAAGUGGUAGAAGUGCUGAAGCAGUUUCCAGUGGGUGCGGAUGUACCGCUGCUUAUCUUAAGAGGAGGUCCUCCUUCACCGACUAAAACUGGCAAACUGAAAACAGACAAAAAGGAAAAUUCAGGAAGUUUGGAGACUGUAAAUGAGCCCAUCCCCCAGCCUAUGCCUUUUCCACCCAGCAUUAUCAGGUCAGGAUCCCCGAAAUUGGAUCCUUCUGAGGUCUACCUGAAAUCUAAGACUUUAUAUGAAGAUAAACCACCAAACACCAAAGACCUUGACGUAUUUCUUCGGAAACAGGAAUCAGGAUUUGGCUUCAGGGUUCUAGGAGGAGAUGGACCUGACCAAUCUAUCUACAUCGGGGCCAUUAUCCCCCUGGGAGCAGCUGAGAAGGAUGGUCGGCUGCGUGCAGCUGAUGAACUGAUGUGCAUCGAUGGAAUUCCUGUUAAGGGGAAAUCACACAAACAAGUCUUGGACCUGAUGACCACUGCUGCUCGAAAUGGCCACGUGUUACUAACUGUCAGAAGGAAGAUCUUCUAUGGAGAAAAACAACCUGAGGAGGACAGCUCUCAAGCCUUCAUUUCAACACAGAAUGGAUCCCCCCGCCUGAGCCGAGCAGAGGUGCCCACCAGGCCCGCUCCCCAGGAGGCCUACGAUGUUGUCUUGCAACGGAAAGAAAAUGAAGGAUUUGGUUUUGUCAUCCUCACUUCCAAAAGCAAACCACCUCCAGGAGUUAUUCCUCAUAAAAUCGGCCGAGUCAUAGAAGGAAGCCCAGCUGAUCGGUGUGGAAAACUGAAGGUUGGAGACCACAUCUCGGCAGUGAACGGACAGUCCAUUAUUGAACUGUCCCACGACAGCAUCGUUCAGCUGAUCAAAGACGCAGGUGUCACUGUCACGCUGACAGUCGUUGCUGAAGAAGAGCACCACGGCCCACCAUCUGGAACAAACUCUGCCAGGCAAAGCCCCGCAAUGCCGCACAGAGCCCUGGGACAGACGCAGGCCAACCAUGUUCCUGGAGACAGAACUGCCCUGGAAGGUGAAAUGGCAAAGGAUGCUUCCGGCUCUUACAGACAUUCCUGGUCUGACCACAAGCACCUCGCACAGCCUGACACCGCUGUGAUUUCAGUGGUCAGCAGUCGGCAUAGUCAGAGCCUGGGCUGCUACCCGGUGGAGCUGGAGCGCGGCCCCCGGGGCUUCGGGUUCAGUCUGCGAGGUGGGAAGGAAUACAACAUGGGGCUGUUCAUCCUCCGCCUCGCUGAGGACGGCCCGGCCAUCAAGGACGGCAGGAUUCACGUUGGUGACCAGAUUGUUGAAAUCAACGGGGAACCUACACAAGGCAUCACACAUACUCGAGCAAUUGAGCUUAUUCAGGCUGGUGGGAAUAAAGUUCUUCUUCUUUUGAGGCCAGGAACUGGCUUGAUACCUGACCAUGGUGACUGGGACGUUAAUAACCCUUCAUCUUCCAGUGUGAUUUAUGACGAACAGUCACCAUUUCCCCCAGCUGCACAUUCUGCUUCCGUAUUUGAAGAGUCUCACGUGCCAGUAACUGAAGAUUCUCUAGUGAGAGUUCAGAUGUGUGAAAAGGCAGAAGAAUUAAAGGACACUGUACCUGAAAAGAAAAGCACUUUAAAUGAAAAUCAGCCUGAGAUAAAGCAUCAGUCUCUUCUCCAGAAAAAUGUGAAUAAGCGGGAUCCACCCAACAGUUAUGGGCACAGUGACAAGAAAAAUCUACUAAGAGUAGAAAAUGGUGUUACACAAAGAGGUCGAUCUGCCAGUCCCAGAAAGCCAGCUCAUCGCUAUUCAGAGGAACAUUUGGAAAAGAUUCCUAGUCCUCUAAAAAAUGACCCCAAAAGAAGACCCAGGGAUAGAUCACUCAGCCCUAGAAAAAGGUGUCAGAUCGACACCAAUGUAGGUUCUGGACAAAAUCAUUACAGAAAAAGCAGAGGACGCUCUUCUAGCCCAAAGAAGCAGCAAAAAACUGAAGGAAGCAAGGACUUGUCAAAUGCUGAAGCCAAAUUACUCGAAGGUGAGAGUCGCAGAGUAGCAGGCCGCGCUAGUGACAAUGCUGAGCAGCUCCCAGAUGGGAAAGAAAGAUCAAGUGUGAUCAGCAAAGACGUGAAGCAGAGCCAGCUGGGAAAAGACAGAGCAAGGUCUCCAGAGAAAAAGAGCAAGAGAAUGGAUGAAAAGUCUCCUGCCUCCCAAAAGGCUAGCAGCACUGCCAGUAGAGCAGUGUCUGAAAAUGAAAAAGGGAAGAAAGCAACCAUAGGAGAAACACGUUCUGGUAAAGAUAAAACAGGAGGAAAUGUCCAAAUAGCAGAAAAAAAGCUGAAACAGGAACCAGAUGAGAGGAUGGUAUUCAAUAAAACAGAAGAUCACAAAGGGAAAGAGCUAGAGACAGCGGACAAAUGCAAAGAGAGUGAGAGGUUCAAACCUGAAAGCAGCUCUCCAGUUAAGAAAACACCAAUAACUCCCGGGCCCUGGAAGGUGCCGAGUGCAAAUAAAGUCACAGGCACGACUGGCAUGGCUGAGAAACGGUUGUAACCUUUAGCAUAAAACAAAGAAAAACAAGUUGUAAUCUUUUCUUAGUAAAAAGCAUUUUUCCAAGAAGUCUUUUUUUUUUUGCAGAAAUUGUGAAACACCUAAGUACAUUUUAAUUUGCACAUCAAGUUUCUAGGCUGCAUGAAGGGCCUUUAGGAUUGCUAAGAACCGGCCGUCCCUGGCUGGCUGCCCUCCCUCGCUCAGGAAGGAGCUGCGCCCCGCGCUCGGCUGACCUGCCCUGCGCGUCUCCGUGAGUGUCUGACAAGCGACACGUUGAUACCAACAAUGCUGUCGUAACUCACUUUGUAUUUGUGCCAAGUUACCUACUGUAUCGCCUGUUUUAUCCUUCUCACUCAGAUAUUCCCGAAAUCCCAGUAGGUUUGGCUUGGAAGUUGGUGUUCUCAAUAGCAUGUUGCAUGUUUACAGAGAGAAAUAUCUGAGUCCUUGCAGACGAGAUUGUUAGCUUAUCAAACUAACAACUACUGAUGGAGCCCCAGCUUAAAAGUAAAACUCCCAAGCAUCGUUAAUUUAAAGCAAAAGGUCAAAUAGUAAUGCUUUCUUAUAGCUUUUUAUUUUCAUUUGGCUGGAUAACGUAUUUGAAAGUAACUGUUACAGAUACAACAACUGAAUGUUCAAAAUGAGAAAGUCCUUCUAAGCAGCAGAGUUCACCUCUCGGCUUGUUAACCAAACAGUACUGCAUCUCAGGUCACCUUUUGUCAUUGUGAAGCCACAGAGCACCAUGCAGAAGAGUACUGCUUACUGUUCUUCAGAGGGAAACUGCCCAUGACCUAUUCCUGGACACUUGGAGUGAUCUCCCACUAAAGUCACCAGUCUUUAAUAGAUACGACAGAUUUGAAGAAUCAGAUUACAUAGAGUGUGUGAGGGACUUAAUCUUGAAACCAGUUUCGCAGUCCAUUGCCACAUGCAGGCCUAGCUCGUGUGUGGAGGCAGAGCCUGGGGGCCUGCCUGGCUGUCAGGACGAGCAUGGUAGACAGUGCGUGCUGGGUCUUUAACCUUUAGUUACAUUAAUUUUCUUAUUGAAAAAUAAGAAAGGGAGAUGAAACAUCUGCUUAGCUUGUACAACUUUUCAGAGUUUUUUUAAAAGUCUAAUUACAGGUGUGUGCUGCAAGAUAUAGUUAACUCCAUAAAAUAGGUCCAGAUUUUACGAACCCCUAAAGCAGCAUUCAGUAGCAUCUAUAAAUAAAGGCACACUUUCAGCGUAAAAAUAUUUUAUGGAGUAUUUAAACACAUUUGUUCUGUCACCCAGAGUUCAUCUCGUUGUUACAAUCAUGUCCAAUGACACAUUAUGUCCAGGUCGAUCCUUCUGCAAAGCUGACUGUGAAACUCAUACAACAGUUGUAUCAGACCCUGUAGAUAGCACACGCUUCCCAGAGUGAGACUUCUGAAAUCCCCUUUCAUCCAGGACUUAUUUACCCAUCUAUUGUAAUUACUUGAAUAGAGCAAAACUAGGAGGCUUGAAUAAAUGCUAAUAAUUUAGUAACAGAAAUGAUUUAUUUUCCCUAUAGUCCACAAUUAGUGAUACAAAUCCUAUUUUUAUCGUUAAUUGUGACAUAACUUUGAUGUCAUAUGUUGUCUGAUGUGGCUCUUCCCUAAGUAACCUGUCACUGUACUGAUUAUAGACUGACUUAGCAAUGUGGCCUUGGAAUGCUGAGCAAAAACAUGGAUGUCCUGGCUGUAAAUGUUUAUAUAUGUACAGUACCUUUAUAUAUACACUUGAGGUUCUGAUUAGAGAAAGAUCUGUAAAUUGCUCGUUAUUUUUUAUAUAGAUAUUAAAAAAAAAAAA